AUGUCUAGCUUCUCUCCGGCACACCAGCAAUGGGCCACUUUUGCUCGAAUAUGGUAUCUCUUAGAUGGGAAAAUGCAGCCUCCUGGUAAACUUGCUGCUUUAGCAUCAAUAAAACUUCAAGGAUUACAUAAACCUGUGUACCAUCAGCUGAGUGACUGUGGAGACCACGUUGUCAUAAUAAACGCAAGACACAUUGCAUUUUCUGAAAACAAAUGGGAACAAAAAGUAUACUCCUCACACACUGGCUCUCCAGGUGGAUUUAGACAAGUCACUGCUGCUCAACAUCACCAGAAGGAUGCAGUGGCAAUUGUAAAAUCAGCUAUUCAUGGCAUGCUGUCAAAAAACCUUCACAGAAGAACAAUGAUGCAAAGGUUGCAUCUUUUUCCAGAUGAGGAUAUUCCAGAGUAUACUCUUAAGAAUGUAGUGGAAGAGCUUCCUCAGCCUCGGAAAAUUCCAAAAUGUCUAGAUGAGUACACCCAGGAAGAAGCAGAGGCUUUCCCAGGAGUGUGGUCCCUACCUGAAGAUUAUUGGAUAUAG